GGACUGGUGGCACUGGUGACCGGUGGUGCCUCGGGACUGGGACGAGCCACGGUGGAACGACUGGCGGAGCAGGGGGCUCGGGUGGUCCUCCUCGACUUGCCCACCUCGCCGGGGCUCCAAGUCGCCAAGGAGCUGGGAGAACGUUGCGCCUUCGCCCCCGCCAAC